AGCAAGGAGCUCAUUAACAGCUACUAAUAUGGCAAUCCUCCUCCUAUACGUGGUGGUGCCGCUUGUCGUGGCGGUAUCUCUAUGGGUUUACCGGUGGCGGAACCCUAAGUGCAACGGGGUGUUGCCGCCCGGUUCAAUGGGGCUGCCGCUCAUCGGAGAGACAUUUGAGUACUUCUCUGCUCAGCCGCUGGAGGGCAUCCCUCCAUUCAUUGCAAAAAGAAUGGCCAGAUACGGGCCGGUCUUUCGGACAAGUCUAGUAGGGCAGCCAGUGGUGAUGUCCACAGACCAAGAAGUGAACCAAUACAUUUUCGGGCAAGAAGGCAAAAUGUUCCAGGCGUGGUACACGCAAAGCGGUUUCAGAAUCACGGGAGAAAAGGGUCUGCCGGUGCACGCCGGAAAUUCUCAUAAGUAUCUCAGAAAUCUGAUUCGGGACAUCGUCGGACUCGAAAACCUUAAGGAAGAGUUGGUGCAUGAGAUGGACAGAAUCACCAGCAAACAUCUCUCUCGAUGGGCUCAUUCUCAUGAAGUGGAUGUCAAAGAUGCAGCUGAAAUUAUGGUGGUUGAAUUGGGUGGGAAGAAGUUCCUUGGUUUGGAAGAAGGAAAGGCUUUAGAGUUGAGGGAAAAUUACAAGAAUUUCAAGGAUGCUCUUAUUUCAUUUCCUCUUAAUGUCCCUGGAACUGCCUUCCAUGAAGCUAUGCAGGGACGAGAAAGAGCAAUAAAAAUGAUAAGAUCGGCCUUGGAUGCAAGAAGAUCAAGCAACGGAAAUCAUGAUUUCUUGGAUCAGAUAAUGAGAGAAGUGGAGGAUGAAGACACCAUUUUGACACGGGAAGUUGCGACGGAUGUGUUGUUUUUGCUUCUCUUUGCUUCCUUUGAGACCACUUCCACGACCAUCGCAUUGGCCUUGCACUUCCUCCAUCGACACCCCAAUGUCUUGCAACACCUUAAGGAAGAGCAUGAGAAAAUCUUAAGUGGUAGAGAUAACAAGGAGACGAGGGGGAUUACAUGGACAGAGUACAAAUCUAUGACAUUCACUCACAUGGUUAUUAAUGAAACAGUACGCCUUGCGGACAAUGUUCCCGGAAUGUUCAGGAAAGUAAUGCAGGAAGUUAAAAUAAAAGGAUAUACUAUACCAGCAGGCUGGACGGUUGUUGUUUGUCCAUGCGCUACUCAUUUGAACCCGAACGAGUACGAGGACCCGUAUUUGUUCAAUCCCUGGAGAUGGCAGGGACAAGAACUGCAUGCUGCAUCCAAGAAAUUCUUGGCUUUUGGUGGAGGUAGAAGACUUUGUGCUGGAGCUGACUUUGCAAAGCUUCAAAUCGCCAUUUUUAUCCAUUAUUUGGUCACCCAAUAUAGGUGGAAAAUAACAAAAGAAGGAGUGAUUGUCCGAAAACCAGGUUUAGCGUUCCCCAAAGCACUGUGUGUCCAGCUCCGGGAGGCAAGAAGAGACUGAGUUCAGACACACAUGUCUCCCAAUGGCUUUACACGAUGAAAUUAUAUUUUUAGUCUCAUAAAAUAAGAAUUUAAUAGUUUUUUUUAUUUUACAAAUAUUUUAAAAUAGUCUUAAAAUUUUAAAAAAAAAACUCAGUGUAUUAGUUCUAUGUUUUAUGAAAAUUUUUAAAUAGUCCCAAAAUUGAAAAAAAAAACUCGGCACAUUUAGUUCUAUGUAUAAGUUUCUAUAAAAAAAUACACGGUAAGAACACGUACAAUGUGCAUGUCCAUCGGUUGUGUGACCAGCAAAUAUACAACCACGCGCAUUGCACGUGUCUUUAUCGUCAAUUUUUCUAUAAAAACUUGGACAUUGAAUUUAAUACAACAAAGGACUAAAUAUGUCGAGUUUUUUAAUUUUGAGAUCAUUUGAGAAUCUUCUAUCCUAUGAAACUAAAAAUAUAAUUAUGUUGGCUUUGCACUCACAUAUAUAUAUGUAUGUAUAUGUAAAAAUAAUAAUUAAGUCUAUUUAAAUAGACAGUGUGUCUUUUCUAC